AUGAGCCUCAACCCUCUCGGCGGCGGCGGCACUGGCAGCGGCGGUGCUCAUACGCAGCCGUCGCUACCGUCGUUGCCAGCCCAUCUCCAGUCGGAUACACAUCUAACUGCACACCUCGCCAGCCGCUUCCAUGUCUCGCUGCCAACAGCCCGCCUCUCAUCCCAUGCAUUGAUUUCUCUGAACACAUACUCGUCCUCAACCGCCGGUGCUGAUGGAGGAAAAGAAGGCAGCGCCUCAGCUGGCGCUGAAGACAUGGCAGAGCGUGCAUACAUCCGUCUCGGCCAUCGUUCUGAAAACCAGGCCAUACUGUUCCUCACGCCGCUAUCCAACAAAGUCUCUUUGGCCGCCUAUGUCUUUGAUACUCUGACAACCACCAAAACGGCCACUACUCCAACUGCCUCCAAGGCUGGCCUCUUCUACGAGUUACAAUACGAUACAUCAUCCAGCACCAACCCGUUGCUGCUGGGUGCCAAACUGCUAGAUCACCGACUGGAACGUAGCCGCAUAGCUGAUGUUCCCACGGGCGAACGUAACUUCCACAUUCUGUACUACCUCCUCGCCGGCACGAGCGCCGCAGAAAAGAACCAUCUAGGCCUCGAAGAUGCUCACACUGGUGCUCAGCAGCGCUGGAAGUAUCUUGGCCAUCCGACCCAGCUCAAGGUCGGGAUCAACGAUGCUGAGGGCUUCCAGCUGUUCAAGACCGCUCUGCGCAAGCUGGAGUUCCCCCGGACUGAAAUUGCAGAGAUUUGCCAGAUUCUCGCUGGUAUUCUUCACAUCGGGCAGCUAGAGUUCGAUACCACGUCUAGCACCAGCGUCAUGGGCAAUGAUAGUGGUGGAUUUUCCCACGAGGGUUCCCAGACUGUCAUCACAGUCAAGAACAAGGAUGUGCUGGCCAUUAUUGCCGCAUUUCUCGGUGUCAGUUCACAGGACCUGCAGGCUACUCUCGGCUACAAAACCAAGAUGAUUCACAAGGAACGGGUCACUGUCAUGCUUGACACCGUUGGUGCUCGCAGCAACGCCGAUGAACUCGCCCGGACGUUGUACUCGCUUCUUGUUGCUUAUGUCAUUGAAAAGAUCAACCAGAAGAUCUGUGCUCCUGAGGAGGCCAUUGCAAACACCGUCUCCAUUAUCGAUUUUCCCGGCUUCGCACAGCAGACGUCCACUGGGUCCGCUCUUGACCAGUUGCUCAACAACGCGGCCACUGAGUCGCUGUACAACCUGACGUUGCAGAACUUCUUCGACCGGAAGGCUGACAUGCUAGAGACCGAAGAAGUUAGUGUUGCCGCCACAAGCUACUUCGAUAACUCAGAUGCCGUAAAGGGCCUUUUGAAGCCUGGGAAUGGCUUGCUGAGCAUCCUGGAUGACCAGACACGGCGCCACCGCACCGAUAUGCAGUUGCUAGAUAGUCUUCGCAAGCGCUUCGAAGGCAAGAACCCAGCGAUCGCGGUGAGCUCUGCUACCGCCAAACUGCCUGGCAGCAACUUCCUGACCGAGAACACAUCGGCAACAUUCACCGUCAAGCACUUUGCCGGCGAGGUUGAGUACCCUGUGAGGGGUCUGAUAGAAGAAAACGGCGAGGUGAUCUCUGGCGAUUUGCUCAACCUCAUCAACUCGACCAAGAGCGAAUUUGUCGCCCGUCUCUUUGGCCAGGAAGCCCUGCAGACCAUUGUUCACCCACAGGAGCGGUCUACGGUCAUGCAGGCAUCUGUCAGCUCCAAGCCCAUGCGCACGCCAAGCGUCAUGUCGCGCAAGGGUCGUGGAGCCCCUCGGCGCCGACAAGAAGCUGCACUGCGGCAGAAGGAAUCUCUCGAUGACAUUGCCAGCGAAGCCGGUGCCCCUGCUGCCUCAGAGUCACGUCGCGGAGCGCCACGCGCCCCUUCCGAACAAGGUGCCUCUGGCCAGUUUCUGGCCUCUCUAGACAAUGUCACCAAGUCAUUCACGGGUCCCAACACAAAUGCUUACUUUGUGUUCUGUCUUAAGCCGAACGACAGACGUAUCGCCAACCAGUUCGACAGCAAGUGUGUUCGCGCACAGGUGCAAACUUUUGGAAUUGCCGAGAUCAGCCAGCGGCUGCGCUCGGCUGAUUUUAGCUUGUUCCUACCCUUUGGCGAAUUCCUGGGUCUUGCCAGUUCCGAUAUGCUACUGGUCGGCAGUGAGCGUGAGAAGGCCGAGGGUGUCAUCGAGGAGAAGCGGUGGCCGAGCAAUGAGGUCCAGGUCGGAGCCACAGGUGUCUUCAUCAGCGAGCGUUGUUGGAUGGAGAUAGCUCAGCUUGAGACCGGCUUAAUGUCUGCUCGUUACGGUGUGCCCUCUGAUGCCGGUGACGGCUCGAGCGCUGAUCCAUUUGGCGCUUCAAAGGAGCACCUGAUCUCUUCAUCCAACACUCCUUCCGCCAUCGGUGGAGACAAAAACCGUGCUGGCUACUUUGGCAGCAACGACAUCGACGCACGGUCCGAGGCCGGGGCGUCUGCCUUUGGUGCUGGCGACAUGUUCAAGAAUCUGGACACCCGCGAACAGAUGGCUGAGCGUGGCAAUGAAAAGACCAUGGAGGAGGUGGAAGAGUUCAAGGACUCGCCUUCACGAAAGCGCUGGGUUGCCAUGGUCUAUAUGCUGACCUUUUUCGUUCCCGAUUUUCUCAUCCGCAUCAUUGGUCGCAUGCCGCGGAAGGAUGUACGCCAGGCUUGGCGUGAGAAGCUUGCUAUCAACAUGCUCAUUUGGUUUAGCUGCUGCCUUGCAGCCUUCAUCCUGGUGGUUUUCCCUCUCAUCAUUUGCCCGACCCAACAUGUCUUCAGCGCGUCGGAGCUGGCCAACCACAAUGGCAAGAAAUCACACGCGUACGUUGCCAUCAGAGGGCAGGUUUUCGAUCUCACUGCUUUCCAGCCGACGCAUUAUCCCACCUACCUCUCCUCGAAGCUGCUCCUCAAUUAUGGUGGCAAAGAUAUUACCGCCUUGUUCCCCGUCCAGGUGUCCGCCUUGUGCGAGGGUGUGAGUGGUACUGGAAUCAACCCGGAGGUCACACUGGAUUUCACCAACACAAACUACACGGAUUCCAGCACAACUACCAGCACGGACUACAACGCCCAGUACCACGAUUUCCGCUAUUUCCAAAAUGAUACCCGUGACGACUGGUUCUCGGAGCAGAUGAUCAUGCUUCGUUCCAACUACAAAAAGGGCAACGUCGGUUACACAGCAAAGUAUGUGGGAACCCUGGCGAAGAAGUCCAAGUCCAUUGGCAUUCUUAGCGGUCGCAUCUAUGACUUGACCAACUACGUCGCUGGCGGCCGACAGCUCCUCACGAAAGCCGGGGAUACGAUCACGGGCACGUCCAGCGAUCUCAACUUUAUGAGCCAGCUCGUUGUAGAUCUGUUCCAGCAGAAGUCUGGUAAAGAUAUCACGAAGUACUGGAACGCCCUGUCUUUGACAAACGUGCAAAAGUCACAGAUGAAGCUCUGUCUGGACAACCUGUUCUACGUGGGCGAUGUCGACACGCGAAACUCGACCCGCUGCAAGUUUGCAACGUACUUCACGCUGGCGAUUUCGAUCGUCCUUUGCUCUGUCAUUUUCUUCAAGUUUGCCGCCGCGCUGCAGUUCGGCUCGAGAAACAUGCCUGAGAACCUCGACAAGUUCAUCAUGAUCCAGAUCCCUGCGUACACGGAAGACGAGGACUCGCUGCAUCGUGCCAUUGACUCGGUGGCGCGCAUGCGCUACGACGACAAGCGCAAGCUGUUGUGUAUCCUCUGCGACGGCAUGAUCAUCGGUCAGGGCAACGACCGACCAACACCGCGUAUUGUGCUCGACAUUUUGGGCGUGUCCGACACUGUCGACCCAGAGCCGCUCAGCUUCGAGUCGCUAGGCGAGGGCCAGAAGCAACACAACAUGGGCAAAGUCUAUUCGGGUCUGUACGAAGUCCAGGGCCACAUCGUUCCCUUCCUGGUCAUUGUCAAGGUUGGCAAGCCGUCCGAAGUGUCUCGGCCGGGCAACCGUGGCAAGCGUGACUCGCAGAUGAUCCUGAUGCGCUUCCUCAACCGCGUGCACUACAACCUGUCUAUGAGCCCGCUCGAGCUGGAGAUGUACCACCAAAUCCGCAACAUUAUCGGAGUGAAUCCUACGUUUUACGAGUUUAUGCUGCAGAUUGAUGCCGAUACCGUUGUCGCGCCCGAUUCGGCCUCGCGUUUUGUCUCGUCCUUUAUCAACGACACGAACCUGAUUGCCGUCUGUGGUGAAACGGCUCUGACGAAUGCAAAGUCCUCGUUUGUCACUAUGAUCCAGGUGUACGAGUACUACAUCUCGCACAAUCUGUCAAAGGCGUUCGAAUCCCUGUUCGGCUCUGUUACCUGUCUUCCCGGCUGUUUCUCCAUGUACCGCAUCCGUGCUGCCGAGAGUGGCAAGCCCCUGUUCGUGUCUCGGGAAAUUGUGGAGAGCUACUCGACCAUCCGUGUCGAUACGCUGCACAUGAAGAAUCUGCUGCACCUCGGUGAAGAUCGGUAUCUGACGACGCUGCUGCUCAAGUACCACGGCAAGUACAAGACGAAAUACAUCCAGAGCGCCCAUGCCUGGACCAUCGCGCCGGACUCCUGGCAGGUGUUCCUGUCACAGCGUCGACGCUGGAUCAACUCAACCGUGCACAACCUGAUGGAACUGAUGCCCAUGUCACAACUCUGCGGCUUCUGCUGUUUCUCGAUGCGCUUUGUCGUCUUUAUCGAUCUUCUGUCGACGCUUAUCCAGCCGGUCACCCUCGCGUACAUCGUCUACCUGAUUGUUGAGGUCGUCACGAAGAGGACAGUGGUACCCAUCACGGCCUUCAUCUUGCUCGGUGCAAUCUAUGGUCUGCAGGCUGCCAUUUUCAUCCUUCACCGCAAGUGGGAAAUGAUUGGCUGGAUGGUUAUGUACAUUGUGGCCAUUCCCGUCUUCACAUUCGCCCUACCGCUGUACUCCUUCUGGAACAUGGACGACUUCAACUGGGGCAACACCCGUGUGGUGGCUGGUGAGAAGGGCAACAAGAUUGUCAUUUCGGAUGAGGGCAAGUUCGACCCGUCGACAAUUCCGCGCAAAAAGUGGGAAGAGUACCAGGCCGAGCUCUGGGAUGCGCAGACAGCCCACGACGACGCACACUCCGAGAUCUCGGGAUACUCGUAUGCCACCAAGCAGGGCGGCCUGGCGGUCCACACCAUGCCCAUGUCUGAGUACGGCUACGCAUCGCGGCCUGGUUCGACCACCGGCUACGCGAUGCACGACAAGACGGCAGGGGGUGCAAGCCGCAUGAGCUUUGCGAUGACCGAGCAACCAGGCAACCGUAUGAGCCAGUUUGGCGGGAGCCAGUUCUUCGCCGGCUCCGAAAUGGAAAUGGCCAAUCUAGCAGGCCUGCCUAGCGACGACGCACUGCUGGCCGAGAUCCGUGAGAUCCUGCGGACGGCUGACCUGAUGACGAUCACGAAGAAGGCAAUCAAGCAGGAGCUUGAGCGGCGGUUUGGCGUCGCCCUCGACGCACGGCGUGCCUACAUCAACAGCGCAACGGAGGCACUCCUCUCUGGCCAGCUGUAA